AUGUCGGGCGGCUGGACGAUCCCGCCCGUGUCAGCCGUGGAGAGCGGCCUGGUGAUCAGCGGCGGUCAGCUGGUCUCGCUCAGCCGUCAGAACCUGCUCGACUGUGUGUCGCCGCCGUCGAUGGCCGGCGCGCUCGAGUACGUGCACGAGCACGGUCUGGCGUCCGAGGCCGACUACCCGACCACCGGCGGUCAGGGCACGUGUCGGCAGAACGUGCCGGCCGCCGCCGCCUUGGAUCAGGUGCACCAGGUGACGAGCGGUGACGAGGUCGGCCUGGCCGCCGGCCUCCUUCAGAACCCGGUCGCCGUCCUCAUCAACGCCGGACUCAUCUCGUUCCAGCUCUACUCCUCCGGCAUCUACGACGACCCGCGGUGCACGGCGUCGGGGGUUGACCACGCCGUCCUCCUGGUGGGCUACGGCACGGCGUCCGGCACCGCCUUCUGA